AUGUCGACGCUUGAGAAUGGCCAGCAUCGGAUUGAUUGGAGCGACCUUCUCAAGAUGCUCCGGGUGAAUGGACUACAAAGCGUUAUGAUUGAAGGCGGGGCCCAAGUCAUCAAUUCUCUCCUGGAGCCUUCAUACAUGAACUUGAUUGAUCGGGUGAUUGUGACUAUUGCGCCGACUUGGUUGGGACGAGGUGGCGUCGUCGUUUCUCCUGCGAGACGCUUGGACGGGGAAGGAAACGCUAUUUCCGCUGCACGCCUCAAGAAUGUCAAGUGGUAUCCUUUCGGCGAAGAUGUUGUUCUUUGCGGGCAAAUCAAGGAGUGA